UCUUGCAUCUCAAAAUAUUUCGUAACCUCUUCGUUCCCGCGCGAGACUGUUGGUUGCGGAAUAUGCAUAUUAAAAAAAGUGAAUAAAAGGUUGGCGAAACUUAUCAUAUUUACAGUACAAGAUUUCUUCGAAUCUACGAUUCUACAAGUCUUGCAAGUUCUACAAAUAAUUGUAUCGCAAACCGAUCUUCGUUUUUACAAUGUUUCGAUCACUCGCCCCAUUAUACCUGCAAGGUAGAAAAUUGCUUGUCACUGCAACUGGAUCAUUGGCAAAGACAAAUAACACACUGGUGGCAGAAUGUAUUCGUAAUUUUACAGUGAGUUCAAAGUUGCUUAGCAAUUGGCCACAAAUUCAGAAACCUGCACCAGAGUUUUCUGGUACUGCAGUAGUUAAAGGUGACUUUAAGGAAAUUAAAUUAAGCGAUUAUAAGGGAAAAUAUGUGGUUCUCUUUUUCUAUCCAUUAGACUUCACAUUUGUUUGUCCAACGGAAAUUAUAGCAUUUAGUGAAAGAGUCUCUGAAUUUGAGGCAUUAAAUACACAAGUCAUUGGAGUUUCAACAGAUUCGCAUUUCAGUCACUUGGCAUGGAUCAAUACACCUAGGAAACAAGGUGGCCUUGGAGGAGAUUUGGGUUAUCCUCUUCUAAGCGACUUUAACAAAGAAAUAGCCAGUAGAUACAAUGUUUUAUUGCAAGAUUCGGGAAUUGCACUUAGAGGUCUCUUUGUCAUAGACAAGGAGGGAAUUCUUCGACAAUUUAGUGUCAAUGAUCUUCCAGUUGGUAGAAGUGUUGAUGAAACAUUGAGAUUGAUCAAGGCCUUUCAAUUUGUUGAGAAGCAUGGAGAAGUGUGUCCUGCAAACUGGCAGCCAGAUUCCAAAACUAUUAAACCAAAUCCAAAAGACAGCAAAGAGUACUUUAACUCAGUUAAUUAAUUUAGAUAGUACGUCGUUUUAGAAUAUUCAAAAGGCUGCUACUUCAAUUAAGAGACUCGGUUUAACACGAAAGUACUGCAUGCGCGCGGUGGAGGGGAAGCAGUUGUAUCUUAUCUCUCACAUUUAAUCAUCAUCGGGCUGGUCCCAACCCCGACGACACUCCUAAGCUUCAGUAAUUACUUAGAUGGACGCUUCGAAAUCUUUGGCGGAUCUGUAACGUGAAACAAACGCCCGAUGAUUCCAACGAUUAUAUUUAAACUCUUCCUCAGCGCUACGGGAUCCCACGAGAAUAAAUAAUAAAUUUUAAA